UCAUUCAGUCUGUCACCCAGUAAUCCUGGCGAGUGAGUGAGAGAGUGUCCUGAGCUCCCCCAGUUUCGGAGUCAGAUAGAUAGAAUGCAGAGUUCAGUCAUUACGGCGAAGCGUUAAGUGACGUGGAGCGUCAUUUUGAGGCAGGCUUUGACUGGAUGGGACCAACCGAGAGUAGCAGAAUGAGUGCAUGAGAGCGAGAGAGAGAAAGAGAAAGAGAAAGAACGAGACGGGGCCACGGAGACGAGGAGGGAAGAAGAGGGCGUGGAGAUGGGGGAGCGGUGAAAUGCCUCGUGACAGUAGAUCUGAGCGGUUGUUGGUGACGGGAACGGGGUGGUGGCUGCGGUCCCUGGUGAGAGAGAUAGGAAGAGAUCGGGCUGAGCAGGUGAAGUGGCGAAAGGGGGUUAGCAACCUGUCGCGCGGCGCGUGGGAUUGGUAGUUUCUCCAUUACCUUUCUUUUUGGCGAAAGACGCGUGCAGUGACUGUCGCGAGGUGCGGAUCUUGGUGGAGAGUGGCGGCGCUUGUUUGAUGUUUCGAUUUGUGGUAGAUUACCGAAGCAAUGGCGUUUUCAGGAGAGGCAAUGCGUCGACAGGAAAGUGUCGCCCCUCCGAAGUUGCAUGGAGCGAGGGCUCUGGCUGGACUCCGUGUGUAGGCUGGAUGUUGGUUAACCUCAGCACAGCUAGAGAAAGAAUUUCAGGACAGAUAUGUGCUAGGACUCGGUGGAAAUCUGUUAGUCGCUGGCGGAUGUUCUUUACUGCUAGUCGGUCACAUCAAGAAAUGAUCUGUUGCUGUGCGAAAUAGUCCUUUGAUCUUAGCUUGGGAGCGAAAUGGGAAUGAGGAUUCGAGAAACAGUGGUUUGAAAAUACUUCACGACAAUUACUCAAAGAAUUUCAAGAGCUCGAAAUCGCUUCUUCAUCGAAUGUGGACGCGUAGCUGCAAAUCGUGGAUAUUGGGGAAACGACUGAGAGUUGCCGCAUUCACCUGUCUACCGAUAGACUAGAUCACGGAGGGUAGAGUGAGGUUACAGACGCAAGAUCGGAAGGGAACUAUCUCGACAGGUUCCUUUUAAUUACUUGCGUUGAUGCUGUCGCGAAGACAUUCUAGAAUUUCACGUUGAGCAGAGGGAAGUAAAAAUGCACGGACGGUUAAUAAUCUAGUUUGCAGUGAGGUAGAAAGGCGAUGUCAGCUUCAUAUCAUAUUCAGGACCGUAGUUAUGGCUUCGAGGGGUACGUCGUCCGCAUCCCGCGGUUGUGUUGAGCUUGCUUUACGCCUGCACCAUAGAAUUCCGGCUGACAUAUGCCGAUAGUCGCGUCUGAACGCUGAAGUUAUGGAUGUGGCAAGAAUGGGGUAUGAUAAUGGUUCAUCUGCAGUUUUAUCUUCUGUAGAGGGAACAAUGCCUCAUGGUCUGGGAUUGCCCGUUAACUCUUGGCAUGGAGGGAAUGAGACAUAUUAUGCUUCUGAGAAGAGGAUUCUCGAUAUCGAGAGGCCGAAGGGGCAGGUUUGUGAACACAUGAAUCAGGAGCAGAUGGAUCACACGACAGCUUCUAUUGUUAACGCAACAGUCUCUUCGGCAGGAGUACGGUUGAGCGAUACACAUUUGGCAUCCAGAAAAGCAGAGGAAGCAGCUACAAGAAGGCAGCAUGCGAUUAUGUGGUUGCAAGAGAUUGUUGGAAACGUGGGUCUCUCAAGUGAUUCUACAGAGGAAGACUUGAGACUUUGCUUGAGAAAUGGAAUCGUUCUUUGCAAGCUUAUCAACAAAGUACAACCUGGCGCUGUACACAAGGUGGUGGCAAAUCCAAUUCUUUCAAACCACCCUGAUGGAGCGCAGUCCGCAUUUCAGUACUUUGAGAAUGUUAGGAACUUUCUAGUGGCGGUGGAAGAGAUGAGCUUGCCCUCAUUUGAAGUUUCUGACUUGGAGCAGGGUUCCAUGUCCUCAAGUUCAUCUGCAAAGCUGGUAGACUGUAUAUUGGCGUUGAAAUCCUAUCAUGACUGGAAACAGGGUGGUGCUCUGGGUUUCUGGAGAUUAAAGUCCCCUAGUCAUCCUACGGGGAAUAUGAGUAAAUCCAUUUCAAAAUUUAGUGCCUCUAAGAAUGUUAACAAGAGUGGAAACGCUCGAAAACAAUGGGCGAAUCCUGAUCAAGAGUCUCACGAUGACACUAUAUUGGCAAGUGCAUCCAAUCAUUCAAAGGGUUUUGAACCCGGAGAGUCCGUUUCAGGUCAUGAAUCCUUGACUAAUGAUCUAUCUGGGGAAAAUUGUAGCUCGGUCGGAGACGGCGAGGAGGUGGUUUUUAUUAAUAACUCGGCAGGGUCUAAAUCUACCUGGCUUGAACACCUUGGUGACAAAUUUCAUGAGGUUCUGCAAGUAAGUGCGAAGAGCAUGCAACGAGUCUCUGAUUCUGCACCAUUUACUACCGAUGGUUAUGCUGGAGGACCGACCACUGCACUCGAUAAUGUGCCAUCCCAGUCACUUCUAAGACUCAUCAAUGCCAUCUUAUGCGAUAAAAGUGUUGAAGAGGUGUCCAUGGCUGUGGAGUUUAUGUUACGGAAGGUGAUGGAGGAAUUCCAGCGCCAUCUCGUUACUCAGAGAAAACAAGUCACGAAAAUGAGAACUUCCAUGAAAGAGAUCUUGUCUCGCGAGGACAAACUUGCUUUACAAAAUUCAGUGCUAGUAGCAUUGGCAGGUGGUACGCAAGAGGAAAUAAAAUUAUAUGCUCAGAUGCUGCAUAAGCUCGAGGUAGAGAUGAAUAAAUUGAAAGAGGAGAAGAGAGUGAAAGAGGAGGAAGUAUGCAGAUUGCUCCAAGAGAACAAAGAGCAACAAUUAGCUGUGCAAGUGCUGAGGAAUGAACUGGAUCACAUCAAGCGCGCUGACAAAGAGAUGCUGCAACUCCUUGAAAGUCAGAAUAAAGAAUUCGAGCAGGAGUGUAAAGAAACUAUUCAGUCCUUGGAGUUGCAGCUUCAAGAUUCGUAUGACAAGUUGAAGGAAUUGAAAAUUAAUGCAGACAAGGAAAUGAGUAGUCUGAAACUAAAGGACAAUCAAUAUCAAACAUUCCUUUCAAGUCAGCUACUUGAGUGUAGGGAUCUUAGGUUGGCCCAAGUUAAUACCAAAGAUGAGUUUAUGAGGAUGCAGACCGAGUGGAACAACCAGUUCAGCAUGCUAGAGGAACAGCUUCAGAGCAUGGCUCGAGCUGCAUCUGGAUAUCAUAAAGUGCUGGCCGAGAAUCGAAUGCUUUACAAUGAAGUGCAAGACUUGAAAGGAAACAUUCGGGUCUAUUGCAGGGUGAGACCUUUUCUCACAGAAGAAGCUGGAAGAUUAACUACUCUUGAUUAUAUUGGAGAAAAUGGACAGUUAAUGUUAGUAAACCCUCUCAAGCCUGGUGCUAAAGAUUCUCGAAAAUCUUUCACAUUCAAUAAGUGUUUUGCCCCCAAUGCUUCACAAGAGGAGGUUUUUCUAGACACACAGCCAUUGAUACGGUCUGUAUUGGAUGGAUUUAAUGUAUGUAUCUUUGCUUAUGGCCAAACGGGGUCUGGAAAGACCUAUACCAUGAGUGGUCCAAAUAAUAUGGCACCAGUGGAUUGGGGAGUAAAUUACAGAGCUCUCCAUGAUUUGUUCUCUACAACUCAAAGCAGACUCGAUGUUUUCCGCUACGAGAUCGGAGUCCAGAUGCUUGAAAUUUACAAUGAACAAGUCCGGGAUCUUCUGGCUGCGGACGGUGUUCAGAAGAAGCUUGAGAUCCGGAAUAAUUCUCAAUUGAAUGGUCUGAAUGUUCCUGAUGCCAGUAUGAUGUCAGUGCGGUCAACAGAGGAUGUGCUUGAUCUGAUGAAGGUCGGUCAGAAGAACAGAGCAGUCGGCGCCACAGCUCUUAACGAGCGCAGUAGCAGAUCUCAUAGUGUGCUGACAGUGCACGUUCAAGGCACUGAUCUGGAAUCAGGAGCUAUUCUUAGAGGAUCUCUUCACCUGGUUGAUCUUGCUGGAAGUGAACGAGUAGACCGGUCUGAAGCCACGGGUGACAGGUUGAAGGAAGCUCAGCAUAUCAACAAAUCUCUCUCAGCCCUUGGCGAUGUUAUAGCUGCAUUGGCCCAAAAGAAUGGGCAUGUGCCUUACAGGAAUAGCAAACUCACACAGCUCUUGCAGGAUUCACUAGGUGGCCAAGCAAAGACUUUGAUGUUCGUACACAUAAGCCCAGAUGUGGAGUCCUUUGGAGAGACUAUAAGCACAUUGAAGUUUGCUGAAAGAGUGUCAACAGUGGAACUUGGAGCUGCUCGAAGUAACAAGGAAAGCGGAGAAAUUCAAAAUCUUAAAGAACAGGUUGCUCUGCUGAAAGAGGCUGCUGCGAAGAAAGAUGCUGAAAUUGCACAUCUUCAAACAUUCAAAGAACGACACGAUAGAGGCGAGAGCGGUGUUGGCGUGGAGAAGUAUAAGUCCAGGAUCUUGAAGCCAUCUGCACGUGUCCGUGCGAGCCCUGAUGUCUCUCCUGCUCCGAAACUUCGGAUGGUACAAAAUGAGAGUGGGAGUGAAACUACGGAGACUCGGGCCAUCACGCGCAAGUUACCUGGUCAACCGAAGUCUCCUAUUCGCGUAGCUGUUGGAUCAAGCCAUGAGUCUGAAGAUCCUGCGGAGCAUUUAUUGUCCUCUUCAGCAUGCUCUCCUGCGGGUUCCUCUACAGAGCAAGGCUUGGGUUCAUUUGAUGUAAUGGAAGAUGGGGCGAACAAUGUAGACGAGAAGCUUAAACGUUCGUCCUCGAAACAUCAGCGAAAUGGAUCUGGAACUGGCUUUAGUAGUUGGACUUCUCAGAUUCACAAUUCAAAAGAUUCUGAUGGUGGACAGAUGAAAGCUACAGAAGGUAGUCGGCAGCACGAAGCAGUUCUUGCAAACCAUGUGGAAUCAGCUUCAUCUGAUAUUAAACAGGAAGUGACGACUAGGGAGUUGCCAGAGAGGUCUCAAAUUGUUAGAGAAGAUAUCGAUAACUUCUUUCUAGAAACGGAAAAGCAGGCAAUCUAUUCAAAUAGUGGCUACCUUCAUGAAUCAAAUGCCGAUUUUGAAUCUUUACGUUCUGCAUGUUCCAGCCAGCGUUCACUACCGGGUCUGGAAGAGCAGUUUGAAAGUGAUGGACUUUUCGACCUUCGGGAUGGACAUGAUGAUAGUUCAAGCUUGUUCUCAGAAAGUGGUCUGUCUGUGGUAGCGGACCUAUCCUUAUCCAGUCAGUUGGACUAUACCAAGAAAGUCCAGUCAAGUCCUGCCCAGGUUCGCAAUGAGAGGAGAGCUCUACUACAGACCCAAGUUCCUCGUCCUCCGAUUAGUGCUAUACGGAAAAGCUCAUCAGUUAUGAAUCGUAAGUCUGUUGGAGCACCAUUACAUUCACGACCUCGCAGAUACUCAAAUAUAGGGAUCUCAUCAUCCACUGAGAAACUUUUAUCCAAGCGGAACGCUUCUCUUGGAGCAGUUGCUAGUCCGGAUUUUGAAUGUAGUGGCAACAGAAGGGUAGCAAUUGGUGCUGGGUCCUCAACCUCUUGGAGGUAAUAGAGGGUAAGUCCUCAGCAUGAUAUGUGUUCACAAACAGCAUGGAUUGUUGGAAUCCGUUUAUUUUUGUUAUUAUUAUCUUUUUUCAAAUGUAGACGAUCCACAGCUUAUUGUUUUGGCGGAAGGAGUCUAAUAUAUUCACAUUUAUCAAUAGAUUAGAUAAUAUUUUGUGCACUCAGAUUCUUGUGUACUCCAACCAUUUCUAAAAUGGAUCGGAAUUGAUAGAUUAGACAACUGCAAACGUUUGAACUUGGUGCGAGACCCAAGGAUAGUUUGUCGAAAGCCUCGCACUACGCAAGAGUUGAGGCGUAGUGUUUGACUGCAAUGGGAAUACAGAGAAGUAAAAGUAAUGAUUACUUGAUUUUUCAUUAUAGUUGUGCAACAUCGGUUUCUGAUACUUGUUAAACGUGUGUAUGUUUGGGACCAGAGUUGGGUUUGACCAUUAUAUAUGCCAGGUGGAAUGAGCAGUACGGCUUAUUCGUCCAUCUUUGGGUGGACCUUUAUGUAGUGUUCAAAUCGUCACAUGUAAUCUGUAAUUUGUUUGUUUGUUUGUUUUGUUUUGUUUUGUUUUUUUUCUAUAUUUUUUUACAGUAAUCUUGCAUUGUGAGGUUGAUUUCAAUAGGAUAUUAUUAAUCAGAGUGACAGCUUAUCUGGUGACUGACGAAGAGCACAUAUGACGCAGCCUUUAAUUUUUCCGUGUCGGGCAUCACAUCAGGCCGAACGUCUUCCAAGCGAUGGAUUUGGACACCCGUGCUCUAAUCGCUCUCAAAGCAGUUGGUAGCUACUUGGAUGGAGCGUCAUUUUAGGGCAUGCAGUACUCUGUAUCAUAGUUAGUAAGCGUCUUUAGAAGUCUGUAGAUAUCAUAAUGAAUCAAUCGAUACUUUAUCAUUUUACUUACCACGAAGUUUGGUAACUGGCUUACAACCGUAGGAAGCCAAUUUUUUGCAGUGCUUUAAAGAGUGAUCCUAGUUCCUUUUACCUGGUACAGCUCAGGAAGCAGUCGCUCAUAUUUGCUGCUUAAUUGUAUUGAUGAUUCGAUCAAAGACCUACUUUGUUUACGAAACGAAAUGACUGUUUUGAUGUA